AGUCGCGCGCUUCCGCGGCCGCAACCACGCGCCGACCCGCUCCCGGCCUCGCCGCGACCGCCACUACAUCCGGCUUCACAGAACACCAUUAAACUAAGAACAAUAAACCUUAUCCAUGAUCUUUCAAAAGCUGCUACCGUGAUUUUAUUACCAAUUAAAAGCAUUGCUUUGCAUGGUUAUGCGGGAAGGUGAUUCUACGAACUGGACCACGCCGCAGCAUCCCCUUGUUCAGCGUCGUAAACUUAUCGACGUUGCUAGGUUAUGAGAGCAAGGUUUAUCUGAAUCUUUUACUAAAAUGUACGAUAUGUCAAUUCAAGAAAUAAACGGUAAGGGCCCUAAGAAGAGAAAAAAGUCGUUAGAACGACAUAGCGAUGAUCUGGAGAAGGAUCGGUCAAACCUAAACAUCAAAGACUUUCAUGAGAAUGAUGAUAAAAGGAAUGAAACUAAAGAAAGGGACACUGGAACCAGCUGCGGUGUAGAGUUAUUGCACUGGCGGGACAUGCCGCAACACCUUCAGUUCAACCCGUAUGUUCUUACUGGCUAUCGACCACUACAAGGCUGGACAGACUGCAUUCGAAGCCUCUUCUAUUUCCACAACGAGACUAUCAACAUACUUACUCAUGGGAUAUCUUUGCUGUACAUCCUGGCAGUUCUUCCAUGGUUGCUGCCUUGGGGUGGAGGCGGUGCGUGGUUCCUAUCUCUCUGCCAUCUUCUCGGGGCUCUAGCGCCUUGGUGCGGCUCCUUCUUGUACCAUCUGUUUAUGAACCACGCUCGAGGAGAAACCCUUUACCAUCGCCUCCUACAACUCGAUAUGUUGGGUAUUUGGGUCAGCCAGAGCAUAGGAGCCAUACCAAUGGUCACUGCAACUGUUUAUUGUGCACCAACGCUACUGCGAUAUGCUGCUCUUGCUGUAUACAGUCUAGGAUGUCUUCUCGGUCUAUAUAAGGCAAUGAGAGCGUGGUCUCCGUGGGAACGGCGAUUAUGCUUCGCGGCGCCAUUCUGCAUGCGGUUACUACUGGCGGGGGCCCGGGCUGCGAGACUUGGAGGAGGGAACCCUCAUGCUAUACUGCAUGUAUUUUUACAAGAUGCGGUGUCUCUGGGUGGUGGGGUAAUCGGCGCGCUUCAUAUCCCGGAGAAGUGGUUCCCGGGCUCAGUAGACCGGUGCCUCAACUCGCACAACAUCAUGCACGUACUCGUAGUGCUAGCGGUCUACUCCAUGCACCAGGUAACUACACUGGACUUAGCCUGGAUGUCUCGCGUGGAUUGCGCCGUCCCCGUUCGCCAUCUUUGACGCACGUGUUGCCGGCAAACAUUUCCUGAAAGAAACCUUUCAACAUUAUUUUUACAUAUGAUCAAUCGCUAUUGGAUCACAUAUAGUGUUUAACAUCAAAGCAACGAUAUAAGCUAUAGCAUCAAUUUGAAUUUUUAAAUCGAUUACAUACAUUUUCAUUCACAUGAUAAGACACGUGAUAGGUUUAUUUGUGGAAAUUUCUACCCACUGAAAUAUUUUAAUUUGAUUUUGAUUAGGCUUAGAAGUCUGUUCACUGAUCCUUAUUUAAUUUAACAUUGCCCCAAAUCCCUACCCUACCCUACCUUACUCUACCUUACCCUACGUGUCGUGUUCGGUAUAUUUUGGAAACGGCUGAAUGAACUUAGAUGUUUUCGUUUUUCCUUACACUUAUAUUCUUUAAAGGAAAACUAAAAUAACAAAGCAACUUACUUCAGCUAACUUUCGUAUGUGACCUUCGAUAAUCGAAGUGUGUGGCAAAAAUCCAAAAGACAAAACCGAUUACGAUAGAAGCUCCGAAAGUUCAACUAUUUCAAACUUUGUACUAGAGAGUAAGUAGUAACCAUUUUACAUGCGCUGGUGAUGCAAUAACAAUAUACGUAUAUUAAACAUAUCUGAAGUAAAAAAAACAGUAUUUUCGAACUUGGUUCCAAAAAUUUAUUUAUUUUAUUUUUUAAUUAACAAUUAUAGUUUAAAUUUAACUAAGACUCCCCAAUUUUUAGUUCUAUAAUGUUGUCAAUUUUCAUGAAUGUACAAUCUAUCCGUGUCUACAAGCCAUACUUUAGGACAUAGCACAUGCUUGCUUAGUUUUCCAUUUGAGUUUUUCGAUUUAACAAUAUUUAACUGAUUGACAUUUUCAAGUUUGUGAAAUAUUGCGCCCACUAAUUUAACAGUAAAAUUAAUGCAUGACGUAAAUACCAGAUUAUCCACAAGCUCUCACAGCAGUUGUAAUUAAAUAUAAACACAAAUUGACAAUACCACGGCCUACAAAGAAAAAUAUAAUAGUUUAAUAGGUUUUUUCAUCACCAAUCGAAUUGAUUGUUUAGCUUAAUGACAGGUAAUGACGCCAUUCUUACAAUAAUUAGUCAUUAAAAUUAGAUAGAAUUGUUUCCUUGCAUAUAAUAGUAUCGACAAUUAGUAAGAUAAGGUCUCGAAUCGUAUGUAACGUUCGACAAGUUAAGUUGUAGAUUCUUCUUAGCUACUUAAAAUUUACUUAUAGCAAAUUGUCUUCCGGGCGGAAGUAAAAUCAACGAUUAGGGAUUUAGCACGUGUUAAAUGAAGAUUCAAUAAACACAGUGCACGAAUUAAUUGUAACAUUUUUGCACUCACUUACUCACUUCUAAUAUUCUUGUAAUUUGACGGGUAAAAGAUUUAUCGCGAUGUAAUUAAUAUGCGGAAUAUUAUGUAUGACAUUACUUCCAUCAUAAUAAUGCAACAUGGAGGAUUUUAAUAGAUAUGAUAGAUCAGUGGUUUCCAUGGGCAAUCUAAAAAAUAAGGUUAAUAUUACAUGUUACAUGUUUGCUCAUUCUUUUAUCCUAAUAAUUAUAAUUAUGAAUUGUUAUGUCAAUACCAAUGUAACAGGAUGAAGUUGAAAUGUUAUUAGCAUAUUAUAGGUCGUCUAUAGAAAACCGCCGAAGGGAAUAACUCAAGAGCGAAACUAAAAUUUCGUACUAUGAUAUUAAUCCGGUUGUUCAUCAUGCAGUACCGGUACACGGGUAACUCAACCGCAUCGUCCUCUUAAUUACUUUCUGAAUACUACUCUCAGACUUUCUGCCCCUCGUUUUUGUAAUAAUCUAGUUGGCACUGUACGCCCAUAAAGUGGCCACUACCACUGCAACUGCUUCGGACAUGAAACAUUCAUGCGUUUCGAAGAGUAGCAUAACUGUAUUAUUAUAUUACCAAUUGAGGUUCACCUCAAAAUAUUGGCGGCGGCAUUUCUUUUAUUAUUUCUAUGGUAUGGUAUUCCUCAUCACCAGCUGGACAGGGUCUCUAGACUAUAGGUCUACGACUAGGUCUUCAGACUGUCCUAUAUCUAUCCUAGACUAUCCUAAACUAGGGAUAGCCUCCAAACCAUGUACCAAGAGCAAUCUAUAAACAAACCACGUGGGUUAUAUGAUCGAUAAUUGUUAAGAUCACUUUAUCAAAGAUGUUGAAAUAUCCAAACGGCGCUACGUAUGAUAGAAUCUCAACACACUGUAAAAUAACAAUUAAAAAACAAUGCAAUUACUUUAUAACAAUUGCAUAGUUUACGCCAUUUGUCCUAUACCAACUACCUUUGGCGACUUUCUAUACACAUACUUGAUAAAUUGUUCCUAUAUAGUGAUUUUAACCCAUUCACUUACGGUAACGAGUGAUUAUAAAAGUGAAUUAAUUAACUUGACAUUCAUUUUGUGUUUAUUAUUUAGGACUGAAAGUUUAAGUGAAAUCAGUCACUUCCAAGUUCAUAGUACAAAUUAUUUUCCUUUUUGUUUUAUUAAUAAUUAUUACAAUUAUAAUGCAACAAGUAAUUAUUAGGUAUGUUUCAUUUUGUACAUAUUACUUAUUUUAAGAUAAUAAUCACAUUUCUUGUAAUUUUUAAUGAAACUUUGAUCUCGUGUAAGUAAGAUCAGCGUACAAAACUUAAGAAUAGAAAGUAUGUUACAAAAGCGUUUAAGCUUAACUUACUUGAUUUUAAUCAGCUUUAAAAUUCAAUCGACACUUUUGAUGAUGACUUACAAAUCGGUGUAAUACUUGAUGUUGGCUUUGACUAUUUCUUCGUCGGUACACCGAGUAAGCGUUAUUCGUCGUAGGCAUCAAAGGCGAAGGAAUAAAUUUAAAUAAAAAUGUACUUAUAGUCCAUAAGAAUGUUCAAAAGUAAUUAAAACGAAGUAGUAUUUUGUCAUGUACAUGAUUUUUCCAUAGAUACAGACGAAGAUUGUUACGGAAAAUACAGAGAAAAUAUUUUUCUUACCAUUUAUUUAAUUCCUUCAACGAUUUUGAUACCUACAUUGAUUUUGAAGUAUUUGUCGAGCGUAGUAAAUGUAAUUGGAUUUAAAUUUCGUAAUCCGAGCCAGUUAAAGUUUUUUCUGGACCUGUAUAGAAAACUGGUACACUGGCAGUAUAUAGAAAAGCUUUCACAAAAUUUUCUUUCAUAAACCAAAUCAGGCAUACACACUACACAACCCGUGAAAUUUAUACAUAAAAAUAAGAAUAUGCUUUUAUGUAAAGUGACAAAUAGCAUUCCUAAAGGGCUCCUUUAAGAAAGUCUUGUUAAAUUUAAUCCUUAGAUAUAAUCGUAGAGUCACUAGUUAGAAACAUUCAAAGCAAUAAUAGAUGACAAUGAAAAAUCAUGAAGAAAUUUGACAAAAGUAGGGCUCACAUUAUGAAAUAUUUAAAACAAAGUAUUUUGAACCCUCAAUUGUUAAAAUUUUAUAUCACGUCUUUUCGAUGGCUUUAAAUUAAAUCUACUUUUGUCAAAGUUCUACUGUUAUUUAUAAAGUAGAAUUAGAUAAUACCAAGUGUACUUGAAGUUUAAUACUAGUUAAGAAUUCGCACGAUAUUGUUUAAGCGGAGCGAUGGUGUUUGAAAUAUCCUUCAGUAUUGAAUAAAUAACCUACAACUUUGGUAAAAUCUAAUAAAAUUGUUUUGUCAAAAACAAUGCACAUUGUUAUUGUAACAGAAAAAGUAUAUAAAAAUAAAGUGUUCGAUAAUCAAAUGCUAUAGUUUUAAAAUGUGCUUAAGCAGGCACUCGGUGCGGAAUUUUUUAAAUGUUGAAAGGAGAAAAAAGAAAAUCAAUGAAAAAAAAAAUGUUUUGAAUGAUAAAAUUCUAAAAGAAAAUGAAUGAAAUAUCGUCGGCUUUUCUUUUGAAUCAAAUGCUUCUUUAACAAUUCUCGUGACAACUCAACAACCAAAGAAAGAAUAUUUCAUCAUUCACCCUGACCAUGCUCGUGCGAGUAGCACGGUGAGAGUGAACAUCAUCUUUGAAUUAUCUUCUUAAAUAACGUUCAGUGUCAAACGUUUUCGCAGACAUUUACUAAUUUUAUUUAUAUUUUUCGAAGCAAAUAUUCCGAUGGUACUAUUUUUUUAACUUUUUAUUUUUGUCUAUGCACACCUGAAUGUUUAUUUAUUUAGAUGAGAGGUUGUGUAUGCAGUACUUUCUGUCAUAUUAUUCAACUAUUGAAUAAAUAAAAUAAAUGUAUUUAUGACUAUUAAGUCACAAUUUCAAUUUGUUCAGCUAUACAUGUCUUCACUUAUUAACAUUUAAAGUUCAUUACUACGAUGAGUAAAAGAAAACAAUAGCUAAAUGCAGUAAUUAUAUCUAAUAUGUAUGUAUGUAUGUAUGUAUCAAUGGAUCGAGCAAAAAUUUUGUAUAGUCACAAUCUCACGAUCACAAGUUAAAAUUUAAUUAUAAACAUAUAAACGAUGAGUUGACAUUUUCAUUUUUAUAACUUUAUGCACUUAAUACAAUUAAGGGUAAAAUUACAAUUUUAGAUACUAUACUAUAGUUAUACGCUAGCUAUAGCUAACUAGUUAUAGCUAUGGCACGCAUUUAGGACAUUUACAAAUGCAAUAAAUUACGCAUAAUGUAAAUCCACAUUUCAUUAAAAUUACCAACGCAAACAAAAUAAUAUAUAUACUAAAUAUUGUACUAAACUAAAUGUCCAACUUUCAAUUACUAAUAAUAAAACAUCCGAUACAAUACAGUUUCAAUCUGUUCAUUCACUAAUUAAGAACUUUGUUAUUUCGUUGUGAGAAUCAAACGUUCCAUUUUGUAGGUAUUCCAUAAUCAGAUCGAUUAAAAAUAAAACCACCUUUAAUGCUUGCAUUAAACUAUUUAUAUUAUACAUUUUUCUAUUCAACGGGAGUGGGGACUUUUUCGUCACAAAAUAAUUAACUCAAUUCUAAUAGCAAUCCAAAAAUAAAAUUAGAUAAUUUAUAAAUAUUUUCAAGAUGACUGAACCAGAUUUUUAUUACUAAGAUGGUUAGACCAGCUCAUAGCCGACCUGGUGUUAAAUAGUUACCGGAGCCCCAAUGUCAAUGUCGCUAUCCACUUUCAGAUAUGAGUUCUAAGUCUCUGUUUUUUAGUACAAUGGCUACCUCACCCUUCAUGGCAGAAAUAGGCAGGGUGGUGGCACCUACCAGUGUGGGCUCACAAGACGCCCUACCACUAGAAACGUACGCAAAUGGUACUGAACCACUCUUAGAAUUGUGACGUCCCUACUCAUUUAGGUCUAUUGAGGGUAAUUUUCCAUCCGUUAAAUCAGUUAACUAGCCAGCAGCUGCAGUGGAUAAUGGGCUAACCUCCACCGCUUUGCAAGGUUUUAUACAUUUUCAAUCAAGAAAUCUGUAACCAAAUUAUUUUUGUUAUUACGUUUAAUUAUUACAAACCCUAACUUCUAUAGUAAUUAUUGAUAAGAUUGACAUUUUUAUCAUACAAAUAUUUUAAUAAUCGUGAUAACUCUGAACUCUGAUACAGACCUAAUAAAAACAUACAUUUGUUAAAAGUUUCAGUAAUUUUUACACUUUGUCAACUCACUAUCUAAAGUCUAAAGCAUAAAAGUCUUGGGGUUCAAGGACUAACUCAUUUCAUUCCACGUAGUAUCAUCUAGUGGAUACACGCCAUGCUCAUCUAAAUCCUUCAUUUGUGUUACAAGACCCUUCACAAAUAAGUACUUAGUAAAAAAACUUAAUUUCUAAGUAAAAUAAAUACAUUAUUUAUUAUAAACAGUCGCUGCAUUCAUGUAUAUUUGUAAGUAUACAUUUGUAAUUAUCAUUAAAAAACUAUUAGUAUUAUUUGAAACUCGAAUACCCUUGAUCGUCAUUAAAGUCAUUCAUUAUAAUUAAAUGUUUUCAACUCUUACUACUUACUGUGCAUAAUGGUAUAUUUUUCGAAAUACAAUCAACCUAAAAUUUAUAUUUGUAUAGUAUUUCACGCCACAGUAGUUAAUAACGCAUCAAUAAAGCUAUUAGAAAUAUAAUUUACGUGUGAACAAAACUCGCCAUAAAUUAUAACCUAAUGAAAAUUGUCAAAGUGUAGGAUGUUAAAGAGAGAUUAAAGUUUAUUUAAAUUCGCAAAA